GUUGUUCUCCACGCUGUCGAGUUGGGACGGUACCCAGGGACACCAGACAACAGCCCGGCUUUUCUUAGCCCCGUGAUGUCAAAGGUGAAGAGUUACUGCCUCAUGUUAGCCAGCCAGGUGUGAGAUAUCUCGUGGAGUAAGUUUACAUGUGAGUAUUCUGUUUAACGGAGCUCCUUUAGAGAACCGUGCCAAUGUCUCACACAUGCACACAGACUUGUACUCAACGAAAGGUCAUUCAAAUUCUUGACACAACAACUUUUCAGACACAUUUUUUCAACAUUUCGUGGAAUUUUGAUCGAAAGCUUGAGCUCGGUGGACGACCGUUGGUGUCCGGUAACGUCCGGGAACUUUUAACUCAACAGUUGCGCACGAGAGCAUAAAGAUUUUUUAACGCAGGCAGUUGUCGGAUGAUUACGAAGAGUAACAGGAAUAUAGUAGCAACCUGCGACAUUCAUACGUUAAAUACUGUAGUCUUACACUGUAAUCUUACAUUGUCCAACGCUAUCUUAAUACCAACGAUACCAUGGUCAUUUUUAGCUGAACUGGUGUAGAGUUAGGCGACUAGAUCAGCUCCCUGGUGGUCUAGUGGUUAGGAUUCGGCGCUCUCACCGCCGCGGCCCGGGUUCGAUUCCCGGUCAGGGAACAACUGUUUUCUUCCCUCAAGGUGUUCCAAUAGUUCCAGGGUUUUCAGAGAUCAUUCCCAAAACUAUAUCAAGUGAUUUAUCACUUAAUAAAACCACUAUACUGCUGUGAUUCUUAAUAGACUGUUCAUUUAUAUGUUUGAGUGUGCACAACUAUUACCUUUUUAUGUUUCUACGAUUAAGAUUUAGCUUUCACUCGUAUCCUGAAAUGUUGAGAAACCUUUAACUGUAUCUUACUUUACAUUCCUGCAUAAUAUACCAUAAAGAUUAACCUUUAACCUGAUACAACAUCUCCCCGAAAAGUCAAUUUUAGUGCAUUUUCUCAGCUAGGGUAUGACAUCAUGUAUUCAUUUUACUCUUAGGUGGAUUACUGCUGUAUUAAGGACACCUAUUAGUACUAUUUCCAUAAUAAAACAAGCCCACUAGUAUGUUUAAAACUCUGGCGCCACCUAAAGGAUCAAUAUAAAACAAGCCAAACACUGAAUAAUCCAUGACAUCACACACACCAUUCAAUUGACUUUAAUUGAAAAAUUUUAACGUACAAAAAUACUCCUUUCUAAGUAAAAUACAGUUUUGUUAAUGCCACAAUUAAUGUCAAUGAAUGCAUCCUGUAAGUAGUUAUGCUUAUGGGAGAAGUUCAGCACGCUGCACUGACAUAUCAAAAUAAAUAUUUCUGGAAUUAUUUAUCAAACAUUAAAUCCAAACAUUUAAGACUAUUUUAACUUGUCAAAUUGACAACAAUUUUCCAAAGUAACAGUAUACAUUCUAGGAGUUGUAAUAUUGCAACAGUCAAAAGUAACAGUGGACAAAAUUAAAAGGACAAGUAAGAAAAAUACUUUUUAUCAUAACUGUAAAAGCUAUGAAAAAUAUACGAGCUAAUCAAUUGUUAUUUGUUCCAUGGGUCCAUCUCAUGUGCUGUGACGUGAGAAUCUUCUUUCAAACCCAGCAGUGUCACCGUUGUUUGUUGAAUUGCCGGUCACUUUGCCCUGUCGUGGACAACACAGCGUGAUCAGGUGUGAUCAGUACUCGAUCAUAGCAAGAACAUUGUGUGCAACAGUCCUACAAACUCACCUUCACAUUGUGUGAUCAGUGCUCAAACAGAGCAAGAACACUGUGUGCAACAGUCCUACAAACUCACCUUCACAUUGCCAACCAUUUCUUCAAAAGACUUGAAUGUACUGGAAUGUCUACAGAGAAAUGAGAAUAUCUCACAAACAUGUUUUUAAACCAAUGUACAAAUACAAAAGAAAGUUGUAACAUAACAUAGUGCGUUACCUCAUAGCUGGCACACUCAUGGUGUGGCCCAGGGAGCUGCAUAAAAGACAAAAAGAUGAGAGUAUGAGCAAAAACACAAGACGGGUUUAGAAACAUGAACAUCAACAUUUUAAAGCAAACAAAAAUCUGAUUUUUCCUUUAACGUAGGGCUUCAGCUACUAUGUUGAUUGAUAUUUAUGAGAGUAUGAAAACAAAAGUCUGCUUAAUUUAUCUAGUCUGUACAAAAACAUAAGCAACUUUAAGCUUAACCUGUUGUAUACAUGCCCAUAAUUCAAUUUAAUGUAAAAAUAAAUGUCAGCAACUACAUGUACGAUAUAGAAAUAAAUGUAAUACACAGGAGUUCAUUAGCUUUAUGAGAACAAAUCCAAAAAUGUAUAUUGAAUAUCUGACUUUGAAAAUCUUAAAAACCAUUAAAUCUAUAAAUUUUUAAUUUAAUAUGUAUUGUUACCUGGAUAAUUCAUGUAUAUUUAGAUAAAAUAAUCAAAAUCAGUUCAGAAAGUAUCCGUUUGAACGAGUCAUGGUCAUACAAAUGUGAGGGUAAUCCUAAUGUCACUGUAGCACCCACUGUACUCUAUUCAGUCUACGUCACGACUCACGGGUCUUACCGUGGUGGGCUUGGGAGAGGCAGAGCUCUGUUGGGAUAAAGACAGACACACAGAUGACAUCACACAAACAUGUGUUUCCUCAUGGGUGAGAACAACAGACUUAUUAGACACUGCCACUGAUGUCCAGCUGUACUGUUGUGAUUGGAUUAUGUUUGCUUACUACCAAACACCGGAGGCCUUUACACUACAGGGAAAUCGCAGACGGAUGGCUAAUUUAUCCUCCACAGGGACCAAAGUGUCAUACUGAGCCAGGAUACUGACAUUUUAACUUUUCAUUAAAAGUAUGACUUUGCUGCACGAACAAAUUAAAAACGAAAUGUUGCCAUCUGGGGAGUUUUUCUGCAUAAAGUAAUAUUUUUUUAAAACUUCUUUUUAGGAACCAGUCACUUGGUUGUUCUUGAAUGUACCUCAUCUCUGUCAGCCUCCUGGUGAUGACCAUGCCCAUAUUGGACAGUGCAGAAGAUGUCACCUGGCCUGCAUGAGAGAGACCCUCCCGUGUCCUCAAAUAUCUACAGGUAAAAAAAGAAGGAACACAAUUUAGAAACUAAAGGGUGGGAAGUCACAGCACAUUUUCAGCACACGUUGAUACCUAGUAAAUAAAAUAGAGAAAGCAUAAGACAAUAAGUAACACAUACUGCAGGAAUUACACAGUAAACAACAGACCCUUAGAGGGCAAUGGUUAUGAUCCAUCUGGCUUUCAAAGCAGCGCUACAGGUUAGCUUUGCUGUUGCUACUUAAUACUACUGCUCCCUGUGCUAAGUCAGGUUGUAAGGCUAUUAAAAGGUCAUAGAUCCUAUUUGACCUGUGAAAUCCCAUCACUUGUUUCUCGAGAGAGUCUUUUCUAACAUGUGUACAGAGGACCAAAAACUAAGGAAGCCUGAGGAUCAGCACUCACACGUUGGAGUGGCUGAUGUCAUCCAAAGUUGCAGAAGCUGUGAGAUAUCUGAAACAACAGCAGAACAUGCACAGGUUGGCAGAUUAUGGAUUAAGACCACAACAGUCAUUAGUAAUUAGUGUGCAUUCUGCGGUUAUGUAAUGGAGUCACACUAAGACAAUGCGUGGCAAAUGUCCUUCCAGCAGGGUGUCCUAAACCAGAUAAGACAGCGGCGUUGUGGCGUGGAAGUUUGACUAUCCAGAAGAUCUUAUUGCUACGUUAUGUAACAAAGAAGGUGCCGCAUUGAAAGCUACACUGCCUGUCUAAAAAUGCAACUUACGGGGCUGAAGUCUGGACUUCUUGCCAGCCUUUGGACAGGUUCUGUUUGAUGUUGCUGAGAGGACCCAAACCCAGCUGCCUCCUGAUGUCUGCUGCGUAUUUUUCUUUGGCAAAAAGCACUUGCCGCAGGGUCUGAAUUUCCUCCUCCAUCUACAACGAAAAUACACAUAAUAGACAAUUCAGAACAGACAUGUUUUUUUUUUACCUCUUAUUCCUAACAUGUUCAUAUUUCAACGUCCUUCUUUGCACACUGUGAUUUGUAUACAACAACAGUUACAUAACCUUUAUAAGUUCAACCCGUAGAUUGUCAAUAUCCUCCUCGGUUAGCUCUGAAGGAGAUAAUCCAUUUUCUGUUAUCCUUGUUGGAAAGUUCAUGGCUGAAGAAGUUGGACCAAAACCUAAGAAAGAUGCAAUAAAGAAAAGACAUACAUGCACAUUGUAAAUAGAAACAUAUUUUAAUUACAAAUAUAUUACAGAAGCCUCAAGGUUAUCAAUAUCAAUGUUAAUUUUUUUUAAGUAUAUAAGUGUAAAGAGGAAGCUGCCUUACUGAAACCCAUUAAAGGACAAGAUAGAUAGAUAGAUAGAUAGAUAGUCAACAAACUAAAGAGUGGUUUGAAAUAUAUAAUUGGACUCAAUAGUUUAAAUCUUCUAUAUUUGACCCAUCAGAACAAAGUAAACACAGCCGGAGCUGUCCUUAGUGCUGAACAGGCUAACUGCACUCAUGCUAACAUUAGCAACCUGUUGCUCACGUAGACCCCGCUGACCAUCGUCGACCACGGCUCAAACUCACACAAACACGAAAGCUGCCGACUCAAAUUGACCGAAUUACACUUACAAAAUAAUACAUAAUUUGCGAAAGCAUGAAACUUUUAUAGUAUAGAGUGAAUAGAGUCCUACCUGGUCGGUUCAUCGCUGCCAUUUUAAACUCGGCGUGUUUUUCAAUUGCUAACUAAUUUAGCAGCUUCCCGUCCCCAUCCACUCAGGAGGAGGAGAAGGAGGAGGAGGGAGAAGCUAACAGGAUCAAUGAGGCUGUUUACACACACCAACACACGCUGCGUACUCACUCACACUCCUACAGUGUGUACAGUUAUCCAUUGGACGACCACAGAGCUCUACAUAACACUGAGCCUACUGAAUAUGUGAAGGAAGUCAUAUCACAGUGUUACUAUUAUACCGUAAAGUAAUUAUUACUUUAUUAUACCGUAUCUGUAAAGCUGGACUAUUCUUUUGGGUGGCCUAGUUUAGCUGUAUCACAAUAUUUUGUGUCUAGUAAACUGUAAGGUAAUAUUGUAAAAUAAACAGUAAUGAAGCUGUGGUCACUACAGCUAUCAAAUAUGUGUAGUAGGGGAGAGUGGGGUAAGAUGAGCCAUUUUUCAUAUUUCCGAUCACUACAUCAAGGCAAUCAUAGUUUUGUCUCUAACUAGUGUAUCUGCAUAUAUUUCAAGAUGUUGUGCAUCCCUGCUGUUUUGUAAAAAGCCAUUUUAACAUGAGAAUGUCUUUAAGUAAUUCCGAACAUUCACAGCUGUAUUUUUGAAAAGAAAAAGUCAAACAUUUAAAUAAUCUGAACUGAAACUCUGAUCCUUUUAUCAGACAAAUUUGUUUUCAGUUGAGCCACUGGCUCAACUUACCCCUGGCCAAAUGACUAAACUUACCCCUGAACUACUAUUAUGACUUUCUUAGUCCUCUAAGCUGAAACGGUGGACUUUUAUGCUCGUUUUUUUUACCUCAUGUUCAAGCUCAUAGAUACCACAAUUGAUGUAUAAAACAAUUUAAACUUAUCUUUUUUUUGGUCUGAACACGAUUCUAAUAAAACUUUUGACAAACUAAAUUCACUUUCAAGAGUGACUCCACGAAUUGAUGCCCAUCUCCUAAAUAUUUGGUGACAUGAUCAGUUUUUUCUUUUUUACCAUUUCCAAGCAACAGGGGGUGGAUCAACUUACUCUUUGGCUCAACUUACCCCACUCUCCCCUAAUGCUGUAAAAAGAAUAAUAAUAACCCUAGCAAUGUGGGAGUGUGGAGAAACACAACUGAAUAGAUAAAAGCAACCUCAUAUUUGUCCAAAAAACAGGUCUUCAAGUUUUUUUUUCCAGUUACCAGCUCUGGUGUUUAAGUUUUGUUAUGCUUUUCUCAUUAAACAGGUGAACAACUGUGCCCGACUAUGAUAUUACAACACAUCCGUUAAAAAAUGAUGAAGUCAAACUGGCUCAGAGUAAGUAAAGAUGAAAACUUUUCAUUAUAUUCCAAAGAUUUUUUUUGUAGUGAAGUCAGAAAUGAAAAAAAAAUGUUAUUAAUAAGGACUAAAAAUGUGGAAGUUUGGGUCUAGUAGACUAGAACCAACGCUCAUAAUUUUCUCUCGUAAUAACUGUAGCUCUGGGAACCUUUUACAUGUUUAGAUUAGAGAAAUAAGACACAUCAUAAAUGUUUGACAUGUAAAUAUUCUGUGAAUGGGCUCCUGUGAUAAAUUAGUAAAAUUGAGACACUUGUCUCCAUCUACUGGCAAUAGGUGGCAUCUCACAGUGACAGGGCCACUACUGGUUAUAAGAUUAGAGUUAUUUCAGGUUAUUGCUUUCCUGGGUGUGGACCUUGUAAGGGGCUCCUCUCACAAUGCUGUCUGUCUUAAAAAUUCUCUGUGUCGAGGAGGCAGUAUUUUCUGUGCGAGGUACAUUAUUCACAUUGGGAUAAGACCACUAAAUUGUGGAAUUCUGAAACUUGUUCACCAAUAAGAGGUUCAUAAGUUUCUUUGUGUAAAUACUGAUAGAUUCAGAAUUAUUCUCCAGCUUUAACCUGCAGCAUGAAGUUUGGUUUAGUGUUUGUUGUUUCUGCAUACUUGGAUAUCAGACAUAUCAAUAGAACAACAUUACAGUAUAUUCUCCAAGUUCUGAUGUAGGAUGUGUAAGGGUCUACAUGGUUUUGUCUGUGUUGAAGGCAAAGUAAUAUUAAAAUCUCUUUUUCCAUCAUUAAAGGCUGCAAAUCAGCUGUUGUAGUCCUCUUUUGAUGCUUUUCUUUCCUUGAACUUGAAAUUUCUAUCUGGAACAAACUUAUUUAACUACACUGUGGUAGUUUUGGCCGAAACAAACUGAAGUUUUCUACAUGGAUAGUUUAAGAAAUGCUAGUCUAAGCCAUCUAUAAUUCAAAUAUUUUGGAAAUAAAGUUUCCCUUUGCCUAAAAUGCAGGGUAAAUCUCAGCAUUGUGCAGAACGAUCAAUGUUUCCUGGAGAUACUUUUUAGUUAUUGACAAGAGCACCAUAAGUGGAGUUUUGAAACAGCUACAAGGUCAAAAAAUAGCUCAGCUAUAAUCCAUGCUUACUGCCACCAUUGUGCAAGUUGUGUGGUUUAAUCUUUAUGUUGUUCAGUGUAAUGGAUGAGAUCGGGCCACUGUAGCCUUCAUAAAUCCAGUCAGAUUUGAGCCUUCACCAAAUAAUACAAAAACAAAGUAACACCAUGUUGGUAUUACCUCUAAGUGAAGAAUGAGAUGAGAACACAAUGUUCAGGAACAUUUAUUCAACAACAGCAAAUCAGAUCAAUGAUCCACUUGUUUUCUUCCAGACACACAAUUACCAUGCUACAACAGAAACGUUAAGGUUUAUACUUUAUAUGGGCCAAGUGUAUGUACAAGCAACCCGAACCAUUUAACCAUUCCUUGUUAGAUGUAAUGGUUACAUUACAACACCAUACCAGUUAAAUUAUAGCCAAUCAUCAUUUGAAACAUGACAAAGUAUGAAAUAAAUAAACCUCCAAAAAUGCAUCAUAUAACCAUUUCACUAUAGGUACACUAUAUACUAUGUUGUAUUUUUAUGGAGUCAUUUCCUGAUCAUUGAUCUAUUAUAGCUUUUUUUAAACACACAGUGCAUUCAACUUAGAACAUUUACAGUAGCAUUUUUCAGUAUCUCAAUGAAAAAGCCAUGACAGGAACAUCUAUGUUUGAUCAAGGGUAACAGGAAACAUCAUACAAGGGCCACAGAGGUCAACAUCCAUACCUUUAAUAGCAGAGGGUGGGCAACAGGAGCUCACCAAUUGUAAACCAUUAAAACACAUUAUUAGCAGUCAUGAAAACUGACAAAGUGGCAAAGAUGUUCAUGGCGAUUUAUGGCAAAUUUGGAAAUGUCUGGCAAUAUAUGCAAAUACAUUUGUAUGAAAAAAUCUAGAGUCAUUUUCACUUGGAGCUGCCUGUAGCACUGGCUCACGGAUGAUAUGCCGUACGAGCUUCUUACUCAAUGAGGAUUCAAAAAAGUCAACAAUGAUAAACGAUCACAGCAUCAGACAGAAUGUCAGAGUCAUCAGACUUCAAUUCAAAACACAAGGACUAAAAACGCAAUGAAAAAAAUAGAACUCUCACUAUCUAACAUACGCCCAUGUCAGCUCUAUUUCCCAGCCAUAAAGAGCGCAACAUGUUUUCCCCACAUCACAUCUACCACUUUACAUAUUCAACACAGCUUAAAGUUAAAAACAUGUCAACCUCUCAACCAGGACUGCUGCUGCUAGAGAUCAGUAUUUCUAGAUGUCAACAGCUGGAUUACCUGGACCUCCUUGGCUUCAAUGUAGAUCAUCAGGAAAACAUAAAUUUGUACAAUAAGUUUCGCUUUGAUAAAUGUCUAUCAAUCUGUAUAAGAUGUGACAUCUUUAAAAUAAAUAGAUAUGCAAAGGGAAGCAAACAGCAGCCCUUUAUCGUGAUAUUCAAACAAAGCCUGGAUUCUUGGCCAGACUAAAGACGUGAUACAAAUAAAAUGUCGUCUUUACUCUCAGUGGAAUAGCUAAACAUAAAAUAAUGACACAUAAACGAAUCCACUUUGGCUGAAACCUGCCACAAUAGAAAAAUAAACUUAUACCUCAAAAUAAAAAUUAACUGUAAUGAAAACCUGUUCAGUACUGCAGAACCAACGGGAGCAUAAUUUCUAACCUGGAAGAAAGGGCUGAAACAGAGCUGAAGCAGGGACGAAAUGCCAACACUAAUCAAUAACUGAAGAAGGAAUUUCGUCAGCAGGCGUUUCUGCAAAGACUGACAGCAAAUAAAGCUCUGUGCCUCAAAAGACCGUCUCAUGAAUCACGUUAAAAACACUCAAGGGGGCACACAGGAGACACAAAGACGGUGCCAAAGACAAACCGUUAGUCUGACAACUGCAGGUGGUAUUUUGAACUAAAGACAGUACAGAUUGAGGAUCAAUCGCACAGGUAUAUUACAGCUCUGGUUUGGAAAUUAAUGAUGGCACUGACCACCUCAGUGACCGAAAUCAUCUCUCUAACCUGCACCUCCCUGAGCCAUGGCUCUCCUUAGCUUUAGCAUAAAAUAUAAUUAACCUCCUCCUCUCCUUCCUUCUCCGUGUGAGCUGUACUCAUUUGAACAUAUUGCACAAAUGUAUGCACUUACAUCAUGAGUCUUGCAAAGUAAAAAUGUUGCUAAAGAUGAACGAAAGUCUGGAGACCAUGUUUUAUAAACAGUGCAUGCUACACCAUGAUGCAAAAUGUGGGAGAGGGGAAAGUGGGGGUAGGCGACCUGUGUGGUUAAAGGCCAAGAAAUACAAAAGAAGAAACAAAAAGGAAACAAUUUAGCUGUUUCUCUUUUCUUCUCUUACUGAAGGGGGGGAGGGGGAGAAGUUGCGGACCAAUUGGGGAGGGGUGUAAGGGAUGUGACUUCAUCAGUUCCUUCCAUGGGCCAUGCUUACUAGUCCCUCUCCUCCGCAUGGCUCUCUCACUGAAGUGGGACGAUGGAUGCCCCUCUUUUAAUUUCUUCUCACCGAGGUGGAGCAGGGAAGCAGGCAGGACCACAGGCCAGGAUUGACGGGGGGGAUGGAAGGUUAGUUGAAGCCAGUGUCAGUGUGGUAGGAAUGGUACCCAUCUGAUGUUAGCUGGGUUGUUUCUGUGGCUGAUGGUUGCAACAUUAUAGGGUCACCUCCAGCCUCUGCUUUAAAAACAAACAGACAUCCUCAGUAUAUGCAUCGAGGCUCUUUCUGUCAACAUACCAAUAAAAUAUAUUCAAAAUAGGGGAAAUGACACAGGUAAUUAACUCUCACCUCUCUCGUCAGACUGCAGUUGAGCCUCCAGGUCCUCAGGGGACACAUAAAACUCUUGCUCCUGGCCCUCCCGAGGCCGUGGUUUACAUUUUCCACAGCAGCAGUUACAGCAGCAACACAGGCAGCAACAGAAGUAGCAGCCAGUGGCCAGGCCGCAGAAUACAAACAAAGCCUGCAAGCAAGAAGAGUCAUGGAUAAAGUGUUCAUGUGUGAUGAAAAGUGAGACAAGAAUCACAUGAAAAAUAACACAAAGCAGAGGAUAUGGUGCUUAGUCUUACCUUUGCCCACCAGCUUGAAAGGACAAAGUAAGUGUUAACAUUCUCCUCCCCAAACUGCUCAGCCACAUAAAGUCCCAGAGAGCCAUAUUUGUCAUAAAUGUUACGCUUCGUUGGGUCAUUCAGGAUUGCAUGAGCGUUGUUAAUCUCCUUGAAUUUAUCAGCUGCCUCUGGAUUGUCAGGAUUCUUGUCAGGGUGGAACUUCAGGGCCAGUUUCCUAGUGUAUUAAGUUGGCAAGAAAGGACAAUGAUAUGAAAUGAAAUGACAGCACAGUUUGUUGUUUUCAUGACAUAAGGUUGGUAGUUGUGAAUCUAACCUGUAAGAUCUCUUGAUAUCAUCCGUUGUGGCCACCUUCUCCACUCCCAGCACAUGGUAGAGAGACUCACCGGCGGUGGACAGAGAGCGCUGCCUCUGGUGCUCAGCCAUAAUGCCUCACGUCCACUAUCUUAGGACAGAAACAGUAAAAUAAAUGCACUUGCCAGGAUGCAGUAAAUGCUUUGUAAGCAAACCCGUGAGACACGAUCUACGCCUUUUAAACACGAGAUAAACCUGUUUAUAAAAAAAAACAAACAAGACCAAUAUGAGGUCUGUGGCAUUGAGUCCUUUUGACUGCAGGCAACAGCUGGUCACAGCUACAGCUGAUCUGUACAAGCUGAACACAGAGGGCCCAACGCUCUUUAAAUUAUAAGGAGAAUAAAUCUAAGAGCCACGAGAGAAACAGGUGGGAUUUAUCAUAUUUUCCCUGCAGUGAUUUAAUUUUCAAAACAUAUCAAAUAUUUGUAAUGGUUAUACUGGAAUUUAGACAUCUGGCAGGCCAACUGCCUCCCUCUGCUCCUCUCACUAAAUCAGUGACUGACACCCUAACAUGCUGCAGGAGAAAAAAUGAUUUAUCCAAUCAGAUUUAUGCUGCAAGGUAAAGAAAAACGAUUAAAAAAAAAGUAUCCCUGACCAUGUAGCUGCUUCCAAAUGGGUGUCAUCUUGACACAAACGAAUGGCCACUGGCCCAUUUGAAGCCUUGAUCAUCUUAUUUCAGCGUUUUACCAAAAGCAGCCUGCUAUGUUGAGGGUGUGUCAAAUUCCAUUUGUUUCGAAUCGCAUCUCGUUGUAAGCUAUAUAGUCUAUAAGAAGGAUUAAACCCUGAGAAUACGAUGCAAGGAGCAUAAUCUCUGUGCAAGCAUCAUCAGCAGCACUGCUAUAGCGCACAGCAUCCAUGUUGGUUUGCUUCCUGGCCUGUUCUUGAUGCAAGAUAAGGAUGGAUCGUCAGCAUUAAUUUUCAAAGGUAAGGGGCAGCGUCUCGAGGAGAGUAAAUGAUGGGAAUAUAUCUUUCGGGCUCACCUUUCAGUCGGCUCUGGUGCGCUGCAAAACGAACGAUCCCAGCAGGUUAUAAUUUUAGACAGUGUGGCGUGACUAUGGCUGCAUCUCGAACGUACCCGGACCCUCUCUGGCUCCCACUACGCAACCAUGGACAGCUGCAGCAGUACGUUGACUCCGCCCCCGAACACCCCAUGGCGACCCGACGUGCGCGUGCACCGACCAGCCAGGAUGAUGGGAGACAGGAUGCAGGAUGCAAAGGCGUGCAAAUCCAGUACUGCCGAGCACUGCAAACGGUCCAAGGGAAGCGAAAUGUGCACAUGAGCGCAAUCCGGUAAACUACAUCAUCAUAUAAGUGAUUUAGGAGACCACUGGCCAUCUUUGAUCGAGUAAUGUUUACAUUUUAAAGAAAUGGCGGGUCAUUGCGACAGAUUUAAGGUGGAAUUUCAUCGGAGAAGUUGUCAUAGAUGUUCAUGGGUUAGGUCUAUAACGUUAGUAACUCCAGGAAAGAAAGCUAAAGUCAUAGUAAGCCCUCCCAAAUAAAACAGAAAACAUAUAAAUUGAAUUUGCUCCUCAUUUUUACGACUAAGACGAUUUUUGGCACUGCUUGGCACAGUUGCCAGGCAACUGUAGGACGCUCCCGGAAGAAACAAAUCACGAACCGUUGCAGCAAAACACAAUACCUGUUUUGUUUGUUUGUUUUUUAUUUUUUAAGAUCUGACCGGUGAUAUUACAUUUUUAAUUAAAGUUUAAAAGACCAGAACUGUGUUAUGGUUCAAAGUUAGCCCAGCCUUUUUCCCUUUUUCCUGUUUUUAUGCUAGCUUAGGCUGUGUCUGAAAUGAAUCACUCAGUCCCUAACCCCUCACUCCCAUAUGGGGUUUCACUAUAUAGCUGACUACGUAGUGAGCUCAGUCACCGAAGUUUUCAGACACUACAUGGCAAGACGCAAAGCAUGGCAGGAUGCCCACCACCGGUGAGUGACCAUCGGAUGGUCACUACAUUUUGCAAUGCUCUAUGGGAAAUUUUGAGUCACCUAUAUGGGGCAUUGGAAUUGAUCGCUCGGGUUUCGGACACCCCUCACAAAUGGCGCUAACCCUCAUAUAGUCUCCUAUAUAGGGGUUAGGGAUCCAUUUCGGACACAGCCUUAGUUUAGCUUUGCCUCACUUUGUUGUACAGACAAUACAUUUUUUUGCUCAGUUUUCCCAUGAUGCACAUUUUUUUUCCAGUUGCAUCAAACACCAAACAAAUCAAGGUAUGAGUUAGCUAAUGAGCAUGGCAAGGCCUAGUCUGGCCUACCACUGCAACCUGACAAGCCUAUUGUUUGUUGUCACAGGUAAAGACGCUUUGAAGCUCAAGACGAGUUAAAUCAUUGUUGUCUUACCAGGGAGAAAAGUGGUACAAGGUGGGGUUCAGGCUGACCAGGGUUUUUUAUAAUGUGCUGAUCAUAGACUGUAUAUAAAAUGGACGCCGUCUGCCUCCUCACUGGGGGAAGCCACUCAAAGAACAGCACCCUCUGGUGACGGGCUGCAGUAUAGGUCAUAAAUGUAGUGACUGUCAGACUGGUUUGUGCUCAAGUCCUCUUUUUUCUGUACAGCUCCAUUUCUAAAAGUUAUUAGGGGGUUCAUGUUUUCUAUGAUUGACACUUGAUACAGCCUAUGGGCGUACGAAGAUUGUGUAGCUGACCUGGGGGAUAUGCUGUUUGAGCCGAGCGUCAUCACAGCGACUCUCAUCGACUCUCCCGCUGUAUGCGUACAACGCUACAGCGCAAUGUUGGUUUCAGGAAAUGGAGAAAAAACUGAGAGCUUUUCGGCUUCAAGUCCGUAAAGUGUCAGAAGGCGGAACCAAGUUGUGCAUAGUAUAUACAGUCUAUGGUGCUGAUCAAGUAGGUUGAGAGGGUAACUUUUAGGCCUUUCUCUUGUAAUCUGACAACUAACAAAAAACUACUCAGAUUAUUGAAGCAAAAGCACAUACCCCCCUUAGAAGUUGCUGAGAUAUAUCGCUUUCUCUCUUGGAGUGUGAAGGGUGUUACUCAGAGUUUUACUUUCCUCAAGCUUUUAAUAGACCACAGGCCCAAUGGAUAUGUAAGCUAGUUAUAGUAACUGGGUUGUGGUUGCGGGGCCCAGUGUGUGAUCUAUUCAUGGACCCCAUACCUGGCUAUGAUCCUUGAGACAUGUCGACCAGUUAUAAUGAGGAAACCAACUUUGAUUUUCCAACAUUACAAGAAAAAUGAGUGGAGAUCUUUAGAAACUGUAAGUCGUCACUGGAAAACUGAGUAGUCUAAAUAAAAUGUAUGGAUGCACGUUUGCUUAGGGCUUCUGUACCUAUGAAUUUGAAUCGUGUCCUUUUAUCUUUACAGAGCAACAGUAUCAAACACGUUUGUUAGAUGUUUGAAAGACAUUUUAGAUUAGAUUAGAUUCAACUUUUAUGUCAUUGAACAUAGUACAAGUACAGGAACAACGAAAUGCACUGUAGCAUCUAACCAGAAGUGCAAGGUAUGCUAAAUAUGCUAAAAUAUAUACACAGUGUUGGUUACUGCAGGUAUGAAUAGGCUAUACAAUAAAUAAAUAUCUAAUUAUGUACAUUAUCUAUCUGUAGAGUAUACUGAUUAGUGCAGGUGUGAAAGAGAGAAAAUGCUAUUAAACAGUGGGUGCGUUGAAGAAUAUAAACAGUAAGAUAUUAGGAUAGAUAGACUGUAAUCUGAAGUGGUUCAGGCCUCACACAAAGAGCUAUGAGAAGCUAAAGUGACAAGUACAUUUACCAGGAUACAGGUCACCCAAAUGAAAAGCGACAACACAAAGAGAAAAGACAAAUCAAAACAAGACAAGACUAAGAAGAAGCGGCAGGGUGAGAUGUAUGGCAGCUUCCUUUGGGGGCAUGUGAAGUUGUCUAAUUUGUCCCAUCCAUCUGCCCAUAGGAUGUUGGCACCAGGUGACUGUGGGGGCCAUGUUCUUUUCCCGUACAUCACAUUCACUCACAUCAAACCAUUAAAGGUAGUCUGUCUGUAUUUGUACAUUAUUGUUGUAGCUGUACAUGUAUACAGAUAAGCUUCAAAAGCGAAAAAAUCUCUCCACCAUUCAAGGAAAGAUGUGGUCUGACCGCCAUCAUUUAGGUUCAUCCAUGCUCGCCGCACUGGAUGCAACUGUUCCUCGGCAACCGUGACGUCACUGUCCUGACCAAUCAGAGAGCUCGCAGGGGUGACGCUCCUAUCGCGAGGAUAUCACAUUAGCUUGGUUGGAUAGCUAGCCGCGAAAAGGCUGACAGUGUUACCCCUUCUGUUUACAGUCCACUCUCCUCUUAGAGCGCUGACAGGACCAGUUAUUGCCGUUUUAUUGUUGUCUUCUAGCGUCUGAUAGAAGAGGAAAUCGGCGGACAUUGUGCGUUUUACGGUAAGUUGUGCAAACGCACGCAGCCUGCUAACUAGCUGGAGCUGUUGCCCAGGAGGAAAGAGGGUUUGUUUUGGAAGCAUCGGGGGAAAUUUGUACUGACGAUAGUUUGUGCAUUAACGCCAUUCAACCCCGUAAAUUUGGAGUUUUCAGUGGAGUUUUGAAUUUAGCAUUCCGUCAUGAGUGAAUGUAAUUUCUAUUGUGGGUUAAUCCUGUAACGUUACUGUUCAUGUAGGUACAGACUGUGACCGAGCUGUGUCAGCCUUGCUCAUCUUUCGCUGUGUCUUCAAUGGCUUCUCCACUUUCCAGGACCCCAAUGAUGAGUUAUGCUGAAAAGCCUGAAGACAUCACAAAAGAAGAGUGGAUGGACAAACUAAACAAUGUGCACAUACAGAGGGCAGACAUGAAUCGGCUCAUUAUGAAUUACCUGGUGACAGGUGAGGAAUGCAGCUUAAAGUACAAACUGUGCAGACCAAAAAGGCAAAUUAUGCAUAAGUUAUGAUGGAUUUCUAACUCCUUGCUCGUAAAUUUCUUAUGUGUGUUUUCAGAGGGAUUCAAAGAGGCAGCUGAGAAGUUCCGGAUGGAGUCAGGUAUCGAGCCAAGUGUGGACCUGGACUCCUUGGAUGAGAGGAUAAAGAUUCGAGAGAUGAUCCUGAAAGGACAGAUACAAGAAGCCAUUGCUCUCAUUAACAGCCUACACCCAGAGCUGCUUGACACCAACCGAUACUUGUAUUUUCAUCUGCAGGUACACUUGCACUGACCUUUUUGACAAGCUGGUGGUGACGAAGAUGUCAUUCCAUGUGAUGAGAUUUUGUUCUUUGCAGCUUGAAUUUGAGCGUUACACUUCUUUGUUUCUUUCUGUUCUUGCAGCAACAACAUUUGAUUGAGUUAAUCAGGCUAAGGGAGACUGAGUCAGCGCUGGAAUUUGCCCAAACACAGCUGGCCGAGCAGGGGGAGGAGAGCCGUGAGUGUCUUACAGAGAUGGAGAGAACACUAGCUCUUCUGGCCUUUGACAACCCCGAAGAGUCGCCCUUUGGAGACCUGCUCAACAUGAUGCAGCGGCAAAAGGUAUGCAUGUUUUCUGUGUGAGUAGCAUUUCUACCAGUGAUAAAACAGAACAGAAUGCUUCCUUUUCCUGGUUGUAUCUGUGUGGUACAUUUUCAUUCUGGUCUACACUGAACCUUUGGUUACUCAAGGUUUGAUCAGUGACUCUGUCAUACACAGUUUGUCUUGCUCUAAUAAAUGAAGGGAAGCCAAAAGACAUUACAUUUUAUUGUCUGAUUAAACAGGAAAAGCACCCACAUGCUCCAGUGCAUACUUGUAAAGAAUAGGAAUCAGCAUUGCAAAUAGACAAGACUUGUAACACUGGGGUGUUUGAAAGUGAUUUACAUGAUACAAGCUUGUCCCUUUUCAAAAAAACAAAACAAAAACAUGGCACAUACAUAGAUGUUUGUUGCCUGUUUUGAUGGCAAAUAAAAAAAAGUGUCAGGCUGUUUGAUAACUUCUUAUUUGAUAGUUCUUUUUUUUCACUCAACAGUAUUUUUAUUAGUUUUAUACAGAUUCUACAAAGGAAACACAUCACAAACACCUCCUUUCCUUCAAAACCUCUGUCUACUGAUGGAUAUUCCUAUUACUGUGCUUAAAUAACAAAUUCUGAAGCUAAAACAAAAAUAAUAAUAAAAAAAACAAGUAAGUGCUGGAAUUCGGGUUUUUUUAGAUCUUGUAAUAUAUAAGAUUUUGAAGAAUAAAAAGUAAAAAGGGAAUAAGUUAAAUGAACUGAUGUACGUUAAGAGAAAUACAAAUGUAGACAAGUCGCUGAAAAGUGAAAAAGUCCAUAAAAGAGAUAAGAAUUUAAUGAUUAUAAAACAUCACAGAUACAUAUUUCAAAAAGAAAACAACUAGAAGAAGAGAGUGCUGAUUCAAAAUGAUGAGAGUUUCUGAAUGUGGUCCAGAAAAGGUCCCCAAACCUUGUGAAUUUUUUGUCAUUACCUGCAGCCGAGUAACGAAUCUUCUCAAGGUCUAUUUUCUUAGUUUUUUUUAAUAACAGAAAGAAAUAUGCUUGUGUCAUUUUGACUGCAACACUUAAUUUGACAAACAGGUUUGGAGUGAGGUGAACCAAGCUGUGCUGGACUAUGAAAACAGGGAGUCGACGCCCAAACUGGCUAAACUCCUGAAGUUGCUGCUGUGGGCACAAAACGAGCUGGACCAGAAGAAGGUGAAAUAUCCCAAAAUGACUGACCUUAGCACGGGAACCAUCGAGGACCCAAAGUGAACCCACACAAACAAGAUCAGCCACCUUCCACGUCCCCUUAAUUUAUGAUCAGUCAGUGACUGUGUGACAACCAGGUAACAUAUAUGUAUAAACAGAUGACACAUUGUUUUUCAUGUUUCAUUCAUGAGAGAUAAGACUUCAGUCAUUGUGCAAACUGUAAAUUGCUGUAUUUGCAAAUUGAAAAAAAUUAUUUAGUUUAAAUAUUGAUCCUGGAUUUUUAGAUUGAUCUCUGAUACGAUAAAAUCCAAAUUGCUGUUUUAUAUUUUGUCUUUUUAAAGUAUAAGCUAAACAUGUUAUUUAUUGUGACCAUCGUCCCCACUAAGACUUUUUUUUUUUUUUGCCAGAGAGAAAUAAGAGUAAAAUAUCUCGAUGUUAAUCCAGUGGCGUGCAUGGAGCUAAAACUGAGGCUCCUAAAGAUUAUUGGGAUCACAACUGUAAUUUUGUCAAAUAAGAAGAGGAGCAAACAUUUUCCGUUUUCUUUUGGUGAAGAUAUGUUUACAUUAAUACAACACACUGCAAGACUCAGAUAUAGGUGUACAAUUUCAUACAUAAAAUGUGAGUAUUUUUCAAUUAAAUGGAAAUAUACACUUUAUUAAUGUAAAAUAGCAUUGAUUAAUAUAAUAUUUUAUGAUUUUGUUUGUUAUGAUGUUUGACAAUUUGCUUCAAAAUCCAUCUCUCGCUUUCUGAACCUGAAAACUGCCUUGUGUGUAUAGGAGGGUGAGGUUUGUCCUGAUUAAGGGGUUUAAGAAAGAGCUGCCUUUUAGACUGAUUUUAACACCUUGAGGCCUGUUUUAGGUCAGCAGAAAGCACCACCACUCACUGGUUGUCAAAUUGUCUUAUUUUUUAAAUGUUAGAAAAAUGUUUUGCGAAUCCUAAUGAUGGAAGGAAAGAUGGAUCUAUAUGAUGAGAAAGGACACAGAUGUGGUAAUGAAUGACAGGUUGAUUAAAACAAUUCUAUUUUGUGAACUCUAUUAUUCCAAAUGAACCUCAGACUGAUUCUCUUCAUUGGCUCUGUUGAAUUGAUCCAUCGCAAUGACAAAAAGCAUUGGCUGUUGAAUAUAUACAGGCAUUUCACCAGUCUUGUCCAUUUUGACACUUUUUAACGCUGUUAGAAUUUUCACUUUGAUUGCAUGCUAGUGUACCUUUUGUCAAUGGGAGGAAAAGCACUUUUUUGUUUAUUUUGUUGAAUUUUUUUUAACUUUUAUUAAAAUGAAACUUGCUGCUAGUCGUCCAUUCAUAAUUUCUUUAUAAGUUUUUAUCGUCUUUACAUUAUAGUUGUUGGCUUUGACAAAUACCAAGUCCCAGAGAGCUCACAUCCCUUUUAUUAUUCAACAUUUUUAAAUCAGAUUUGCAAUUAACAAAAUAAACAAAACUUUUGUGAACCAUACAA